ACCACGCCUAAAAAGGUGUGGCUCCUCUAUUUCAAGAUGGCUUACUGUUGGACAGGAUUUGUUCGUUGCAUUAGUAACAGGACCGACGAGCCAGAGAGGGCCCGAUACAGGACAGCAACAGUAGAGAACAUCAAAUUCGAGAACCUCCUCACGUUGGAAGAACGGGAAAAGGCGGAGAGGUCCCCUGUUGUGACUGAAACUGAGAUACAGUACGUGAGGGAUGGUCGACUGGACAGACUGGCCGAGGAGCAGAUGAGAAAGGACAUGGAGGCUGACGAGGAAUUGAGGCGAGAGGAGGAGAGACUCAGAAGAGAAGAAGUAGCCUAUUAUGCCUCUAAGAGAGAAGCAGCCUUGAAAACAAAGCGUGCAACAUCAAGUACCACCACCACCACUGCUACUAAUAGACCUAAUACUGGCUCAUCUCUCAUUACAGCUCAACCAAAAUCAACAAGUAGCAAGAAGCUAAUGAUUGAUGUUGAAGAUGAAGAAGAAGAAUUUGAGCUAUUUCUCAAAAGCGUACAAGCAAAGACGGUCACACAGCCUCCACCAGCGACCAAUACCGCAGGAAUCAGUCCUCAGACUCCGCCCAGAUCCCUUCACAGCAUCACGUCUGACAACGAGGGGUCCGAGGAAGAGGAAAUUGAUUUUGGAUAUUGGGAAAAAGCCUCAGUUCCUAAAAAAGAGGAAGGAACGAGGACUGAUACUGGAAACUUGAGAGAGCUAGACCUUGACUUGCUGUAAAAAGAUCAUUUUAUCAUCUCAGAAGGACAGCACAGGCUCUAAUUAAUCAUAAUGCUACCUUUUUGUUGUUAUUGUAACUUCUGCUAUCAUUUUGUAGUGUAUAGUUUUUUAAGCAAUAAAAUUAUGACUAUAA